AUGUUUGGUCCGCCUCAACUGAUCAGGAAAUAUGGUUACGAAGUGGAAGAGCACGAAGUUAGAACGGAAGAUGGCUACCUUCUUGCGAUGUACAGAAUUCCACCGCGUCACCUCGGUUCACGACGAUAUCCGAUUUUCUUGAUGCACUCAUUGCUCAGUACCAGUGCCGAUUGGGUGUUGAUCGGAAGGAAUCACGGUUUGGCUUAUCUACUGGCGGAUCUCGGUUACGAUGUGUGGAUGGGAAACGCUCGAGGUAAUCGCUAUUCGAGGAAACAUGAACGAUAUGCCAUCACUUCUGUAGAGUUCUGGGAUUUCACCUGGCACGAAAUUGGACUGUACGAUGUACCGGCUUUUAUUGACUACGUCCUGAAGCAGACGGACUCGCGGAAACUCCACUUUAUUGGCUAUUCCCAAGGAACCAUCGUUGUUUUCGUAGCGCUGAGCGAACGACCCGAACUGAACGAAAAGCUCGUACAGAUGCAACUCCUUUCGCCAGCCAUCUAUUUGAAAGAGUUCGAUAGCUUCCUUUUGAAACUCAUCGUAAUGUCCUGUGACGAAAUCGUAGCCAGACUUACUGCCAGCCAAAUAUAUGAGUUUACUCCAUACUUCGAAUACCAAUACUUCUUCUUCAAAAGGCUGUGUCCUUCACCGGCCCAAAGAGUGUGUCGACUAGUGAUCUUCGAUGUGGUUGGUGGGUACCCGGAGAAUUUGGACGUGAAAUUGCUCAGAAUACUACUGGGACACUUUCCGGCGGGUGUCUCCGUCAAGCAGAUACAUCAUGUGUGUCAACUUUUUCGGGAUGGAAUCUUCCAGCAGUAUGACUACGGUAAUCCGGAGAUCAACUUGCAACGGUACGGCAGUACGCAAGUUCCCAAGUAUAACGUGUCGCGAGUCAAAGCUCCGGUUAGAUUCUACUACAGCUACGGAGAUCGGGUGGUCAAUUACCGGAAUGUUCUACAGUUGCAACAGGAGCUAUCGAAUCUGGUCAGCAGCUAUCCGGUGCCGGAUAAGCUAUUCGGUCAUGCUGAUUUCGCCUAUGGUCGAGAUGUAAAGGAAGUUUUGUACGAGGAAGUUUUGACUAAUUUGGAACAGGCUGAUGGUGCUGAGUCGUUCAUUUCUUUAGAAAUUUUGGUUCCUUGGUAACGAGCUAUUUAGUAGUGAAUGCCGUAGACUUUUUUUUGCAGGUGUUUAAAGUAGCAAUCAUUCACUUUUGUGCAGUUUUUCAAAGGUCACUGAAUGUAUACAAUUUCUACUGCAGAACCUCUUACAAACUACGACCGUUUCGAAAUAUACAGUUAUGAAUUCAUUUUC